AUGAUAAUUUUUCCUGGAGGAAAGCCGCGCAAGCGCUUUAACAGCACGUUUACACUCAAGAUGCUUGGCCCGCCCAGGUACGACGGAGAGUUUGACUUCAGCAGAAAGAAGAUAGAUAUCCCCCUGAUAUUUCCGUUCAGGAAAUCUGCUGUUAGAUCCAGAAAUCCUAGGCAGGUGGUUUUCAUAGAGAAGAUAGAUGAUAGUACUGUGAUAUAUUCAAAGGAUGGCCACAAGUUCAACGUUGUUGGGACGUAUAAAUACAGGUUCGAAAUAAAGGACUUAUGUGUAAGACUAGUGACUGGGCACCAAAAGGCCUUUAUCCUUACGGACAGCCACAUGUAUGUCUACAAGCAGAAGAAGGUAAGCAUGUUUAACAUCCAUGCAAUUGACCUGUGCACCUCUCCCUUUGGAGAGAUAUUUAUACUGACUGGCAAGGAAAUUCUAAUACUUGACGAGACAGGUGUCAGGAAGGCACUUCCAUACACCGGCAGCCCUGUUUUUAUAUGUUUUUAUCUUUACAGGGAGGUUAUAGUUGCGACAAAGUAUCAUGUAUUCCACCUGGACCUUAUAAGCCUUAAACUAAGCACCAUAUACUCCACGCCCUUGAAAAUCCGAUCUGCCGUCCUGAAGGACCGGCUUUACAUUCAGGAGGGCUGCAAAAAGCAUGUCCGCGUCACUUCCUUGAACAUAGAAGACAGGACUGCAGAGUCUAUCUAUAUAGAGAAUCCCAUGAAUAUCUCGGUCGGAGAGACAACGCUGGUGCUGUACAAGACCGAGGGGGAGUUUAUAUUUUGCGAUAGAUUUGAUCUCAUCAACGCAAAGGGCGUUGCAUAUGAGGUCGAGAACCUCUUGGGGUUUUUCUUCAGUGGAGACAAAAGCUGCUUUUUCUUUGAGGAGAGGUUUGUGCUAUGGGACAACGGAAAUGUGGAGGUUGUAGACAUAGACCUAAGGAAAAAGGAGGACUAUCUUAUGGAAUUUCCUGAAAACCUUGAGAUGCUCGAGAAGGUCCACAAGGAAAGAAAGGUUUCCAAGGGCAUCCUCAUGCCUGGUAAAGUGAUCUCCACUCUCAACGAAAUCAUCGAGGAGCUCACACAAAAGGAAAAGAAGGCUUCUAAGCCAGCACCCAGGAAGAAGGUCAAGUACACUGAGAAGAACCGGGGAGGGUUCUGA